GCUAAAGCAGUCGAAGUGCCCCCACUCGCCGCCCGCGCGCUGCUCGACCCGACCCUGGUCAAAAGGGCGGUGACUCGCCAUGUCGGUGCGCUUGGCCAUUGGCAUUACGGUUUCGGUGCUCGUGGUGCUCAUCGCAUGGGCAUUGUGCACCUAUAAGCGCGAAUGGCUGAAAGAAAUCUUCGGCCUCAAGGGUCCCGGGAAGACGGUGGAUGUGGAGUCAGGUGGAGCGGUUCAGCUGGGCAGGAGCGAUAGUGCAGGUGGCAAGCAGUCGGACGCGCCGGCGUCCAUGAUCGUGGUCGCUGCCGAUGACAGCACACGUGGAGAGCUCAUGGAAUAUCGAGACUUGAAAGAUGCAUGCAACCACUGGUCGGAUGCCAACAUCUUGGGGAAGGGUGCCGCGGCCACGGUCUACCGGGGCUCCUUGACGCGCUUCGGACAGGUGGCCGUGAAGCGCUUCCACCAGACACCCACAGGCGGUAUGGCCUAUAACUUCGACCGAGAAUUGGACGCACUCUGUCAAUGUCGGCACCCACAUGUCUUGGAGAUCUUGGGUCGAGCGACCACAGGUCCCGAGCAGCUCAUCGUGAUGCCGCUCAUGGAGGGCGGCUGCCUCGCGAACGCGCUGCGGAACAUGUCCUGGGCUCCCCGAGCUGAGUGCCUGGGGCAGAUCGUCACGGCCGUGUCCUUCCUCCAUGGAAAGAAGAUGGUCCAUCGUGAUAUCAAGAGUAGUAACAUCCUCCUCGACCGGGUACGCCGACACGCACGCCUAGCGGAUUUUGGGCUCGCGAAGGAUCAGGUGAAGGGCUCUCGCCAUGGCACCACUGGAAUCGUGGUGGAACAGCAGGAGAUAGGGAAGGGCUUCGCCGCUUCGCCUGCCGUGAACGACGAUAGGGAGGUGGGCUCCCCUGGCUACAUGGCUCCCGAGCUCAUGAUGCGCCCGGCCAAUGAGAAGACCGACGCCUUUGCACUCGGCGUCGUGAUUCUGGAGAUCCUCACUGGCCAACCUGCCUGGGAUGAGGGCCGGGAGGCCAUGGCCCUUGGCGAUGCUGCUGUCUCAGAUGGCAUCUUCGACGCCUCCAUGGUCGAUGCGCAAGCCUCCUGGCCGACGCCAGAGGUGCAGGUCCUGGGUGAUUGCGCCGCCAAGUUGACUUGCUUUGACCCCAACCAGCGCUUGACCGUGCAUUUUCUGGAAGAAUCUCAGCCGUUUCGGGAGCACUUGGCUCGAGCCAGGCAGAGCUUGACCUGAGGUGCUUCACGCUACUGAAGUGACCUGAGCAUCGCCCGGGACCGGCUGUUUGAGGGUGAACUCCCACGAUCCUCGAC